GGUGGCGGCUGUGGCAGCGGCGGGAGCUCUAUCCAGGGGCGGUCUCGCGGUGGAGGCAGCGACUGCGCCUACACCGGGUUGGGUCCCCUCCCUCCUCCAUUCCCCCUCCUCCCCUUCCCCCUGAGCGGUGGUUUCCUAGGAGUCCGAGACGUGCGGCCAGGCGGUGACAAGCUCCGGGAUCAACGUACUAUCCUGAAAAUCCAUUCCCCUAAGAAGAAGGGAGAGAAAGAAAGACUGCUUUGUGAGAAGGGCUUGGGUGUCCCAUGAACCAGCUAGCAGAAAGCCGGUCGGGGUGCAGCAGGACUCCAGAGCCAGAUAUAAGGCUCAGAAAAGGGCACCAACUUGAUGGUACAAGAGGAAGUGAUGAUGACAACCACCAAGGAGAUUUGGAGCCCAUUUUAGAAGCAUCUGUUCAUUCUUCCCAUCAUAAAAAUGUAGGUAAAAGCUCUGAGGAGCACGAGUGCAACGAUGACACUUCUCAGGAGGAUGAGGGCUUUAUGGGCAUGUCCCCCCUCUUACAGGCCCAUCAUGCUAUGGAAAGAAUGGAAGAGUUUGUUUGUAAGGUAUGGGAAGGUCGAUGGCGAGUGAUCCCUCAUGAUGUGCUACCGGACUGGCUCAAGGAUAAUGACUUCCUUUUACAUGGACACCGGCCACCUAUGCCUUCUUUCCGGGCCUGCUUUAAGAGCAUUUUCAGAAUACACACUGAAACAGGCAACAUCUGGACACAUCUCUUAGGUUGUGUAUUCUUCCUGUGCCUGGGGAUCUUUUAUAUGUUCCGCCCAAAUAUUUCCUUUGUGGCCCCUCUGCAAGAGAAGGUGGUCUUUGGAUUAUUUUUCUUGGGAGCCAUUCUCUGCCUUUCCUUUUCAUGGCUCUUCCACACAGUCUACUGCCACUCAGAAGGAGUCUCCCGGCUCUUCUCCAAACUGGAUUACUCUGGUAUUGCUCUUCUGAUUAUGGGAAGUUUUGUUCCUUGGCUCUAUUAUUCCUUCUACUGUAAUCCACAACCCUGCUUCAUUUACUUGAUUGUCAUCUGUGUGCUGGGCAUUGCGGCCAUUAUAGUCUCCCAGUGGGACAUGUUUGCCACCCCUCAGUAUCGAGGAGUGAGAGCAGGAGUAUUUGUGGGCUUGGGCCUGAGUGGAAUCAUCCCCACCUUGCACUAUGUCAUUGCGGAGGGCUUCCUGAAGGCUGCCACCAUAGGGCAGAUUGGCUGGCUGAUGCUCAUGGCCAGCCUCUAUAUCACUGGAGCUGCCCUCUAUGCUGCCCGGAUCCCUGAGCGCUUCUUUCCUGGCAAAUGUGACAUCUGGUUUCACUCUCAUCAGCUGUUUCACAUCUUUGUGGUUGCUGGAGCUUUCGUUCACUUCCACGGUGUCUCAAACCUGCAGGAGUUCCGUUUCAUGAUCGGUGGAGGCUGCACUGAAGAGGAUGCACUGUGAUACUUACAUGUAGUCAGGGACUAUGACCCUGUACCCAGGCCUGCAGCAGCAGCAGCAGCAGCAGCCGCGGCAGCAGCACAACAGCAGCAGCAGUAGCAGCAGCAGCAGCAGUGGCAGCGGUGGCAGCAGCAGCAGGACUCUCUGCUGGCCACUGAUGGCAGUAUCAGAAGAGCCCCAAAACUUUGACAGCCUCAUGGGCUUUGUCACAACCCAAGGGCUCCACGUGGUACACAACUGAGAAGAGAAAAACAAAAAUAAAUCAUACCUCAAAGGAUGGAGUGCAUCAAUUUAGGAGGAAAGAAGUGGCCCAUAUUCUGACUUAUUCUUGGGACCUGUCCACUGAGGGCUCUGUAGAACCCUCGGCAAACUGGCUUCUGAUCCAUAUCAUAUUUAUUUGUGGAAGAUGGGGAAGCAAUUUAGCUGGUGGUUCUUUCUUCUCUCUCCUAAAACAACAAUAUAAACCAAUUAAGGUGAACAUUUAUAUCCAGUUAAGGGGCAGGAAUGUGAUUUUAGAUGUUCUUUUAAGGGGAAAAAAGAAAUUAAUGUAAAUAAGAUUUCUAACUUACUGUUUAAAUAAAAAUUUAUAUAAAUGUUUAAAACAUAGGGGUAGGGUAGGGAGGGAGAAUUUUUGUAUAGAAUGAAACAUGCAAGUACCACACACUGUUUCAAUUUUGCACAAAGUGUGACUGGAGGAAGGUCAGGCAGCAGCCCCAGAAUGUACAGUGUCUUGGUGCACCAAGGUGCCUUCCAGAGGCUGACACACAUACCGUGACCCCAGCAGGGCAGAGACUGUAGCCCCUGCCUGGUGACAGGGCACCUCUCAAAUCUGAGAGCCUUUGGGGAUUCUAGGCAGAGGUAGAGGGAAGUGGUGUGUGUUUCCUCAGUGAAUGGCUGACAAAAGGUAGUAGAUGAAGGCUGUAGGUGAACUGUUGUUUGAGUGUCUGGUAGGCUCACAGUGACCCUUUCUAAGGCAGAGCCACUUAGUCCUGCGUUAAUGCUGGAAAAGACAGUGGAGACAUAGAGGAACCCUAGGACAUUAGCACAGGGACUUGUCUGGUCACUUCGUGACACCCUGUUGACUUGGUGGCACAUAUGGGACUAGAGAAGUAAGAACAGUUUUCUGUAUGCUUGCCGUGGAGUUCUGGCCUGGCUGGUACAUUUCCGUUGAGAAUCACUGCCCUGACUACCUUCUUCCUUGUGGAACUGAAAUUGUCUUACCCUUACGUUGCAGUUCCUAAGAUUCUAACUUGCAUGGGUUGCUCUUAAGUCACUCUCCUAGGUUGGGGAGAGCCCAGUCUUUGGACAAGGAAAGAUGAGUAUCACCUCUGGUACACGUCUUGGUGAACCUAAUGUAACAGGCACCUCUGCUAUCCUUGCACAAAAAGCCAGAACUCUGUAGGCCUAUCAUGGACCGGCACCACAGCACAGCAGCCCCACUGAGCCUCCUCUCCCCACUGGGCAGAGUUUAAUAGGAAACUGGAUAUCGUUGCCAGCCCAUCUGGUAGAAUCCUUAAGUCUGGUUUUGAAUUGCUACUAGAAAUGGAAAGUGAUUGCUCUUGUCCCAGGGCCACCUUAUUUGGUGUCAGGGAGAAUGGUGGGAGCAGGACUGGCUUGUGGAAUCCUGAUACAUGCUUGUGGGUGAGCUCCCAGCAUAGCACUGCAGUCUUCUCGGGUUACUGCCUGCCACUUCAGGUGGUUUAUUACAUCUUGGGGAUGGUGGGUAUGAGAAGUAGGCAGCAGCUUUGGCAUCCUCACAGCAAUGCCAGGGGAUGUGCAGAGUGUCCUAUUCAGUAGUUCGAUUCUUCCUCUGCCCUUCAGAUCUGCAGCCAUACCUGGGAUAUAGACCUCAAUGUAGAACUAAGAGAGAUAAUUUAGGAAUAUUUGGUGGUUUUAAAGGUCACUGCCAUAGGCAAACCAAGCAGAAGUCUGACAGUUCCUGACAGAAUGGAGAACAGUAUUAACCCCUUGAGAAGCAGCCCAGCAGGAGAGUGGCCACGGGAAGGAAGCUGCCUUAGUUUCAUGGGAGCAGCAGCACAUAUCAGAAGCCAGACUUGCUCUUUGGUCACACUUCGGGGUACAGGGUAUGAGGUACAGCCCUGUAACAAUACCCACAGAAAUGGUAGUCUUUGGGCCCAGUCACCCCACACCCCAAAGCAGGAAGAAUCUGGUUGAACAGCACAAACCCUUAGGGAACAUAAAACCAACACCACCAGUGCGUAAUCCAGUAAACUCCCCCACUCCGGUGUGUGUGUGGGCGCGUACGCCCAUGUAUGUGUGUCUCUGUGCAGCUCACUACCAGCAGCCUCAACGUGCACUUGACCUCACAGUGCCUGCUGAGAAUCUCACCAGGUUGGCGCCUGAAUGCCUUACUCUCAGCAGCCUGAGGCUUGCUUGCUCUGUGCAGAUUUUUAAUUUUCCUUUUUAGCCCUGGGCUGGUUAGGACCUCUACUGCUUCAUUCUUUCACCAUUAAAUAGUGGCCUUUUUCAGUAUUCUCCCCCUCCCUUCCCUUUUAUAAAUUGCCGAAGCCACAAAGCACAUUUUGGGGGAUCAUAGGAAGCUGGGUAUCAAAACGGCGUCUGUGUGAUGGUUCCAUUCGCCAUGGGAUUUCCCUAUUUGCUGUAUUCUCAAUUUCUCUAAUAAAAAGAGCCAAACA